UUUUUCACAGUUUCCAGCAUGACUGAUAGGCGUGUAACCGCGGGAGGACAGGUGUUCAGGAGGUUCGUCGAGGUCGGCCGUGUGGCCUACAUCGCCAGCGGACAAAACAAGGGCAAGCUAUGUGUCAUCGUUGAUGUCAUUGACCAGAGGAGGGCCCUUAUUGAUGGACCACUCUCCGGCGUGAAGCGCCAGGGAAUGCGCUUCAAGCAGCUUCACUUGACAGACUUUGUUAUCCGCAUUCCUCAUUCUGCGCGUAACAGCACCGUAAGGAAGGCGUGGGAAAAGGACGAGAUCACCAGCAAGUGGGACGCCACCAUCUGGGCCAAGAAGCUCGCUGCCAAGCAGAAGAGAAAGCAGAUGACCGACUUUGACCGCUACAAGCUCAUGCGUGCCAAGCAAAAGAGGAACGUAAUCCUGACGAGAGAGAUGGCCAAGCUGAAGAAAGCCGAAUCAUCCGCCAAGUAAAUCUACCGUCAUGGUUCCACGUCGCAUUCAACAUCUUGCGAUAAACCCUUUGUGAAUAGUGCAGUCAGGGAAUAAAGUAUCUGCUGAAUGCAA